AUAGGGAUCAGAAUUGGAUGAAAGGACAAGGUGGUGGCAGUGGUGGCGAGCAAACGGAGUGAACGAUGGCGUCAGGUGUGAUUCCUGGAUGUCAGGUAAUGAGUGAUCUCCUGACUCUCCGUGAGAAAGGGGUCCUCUUCACUCUGCUCCACCCUCAGUGUAAGCUGAUCCAGUCCACAGUAGCUCAGGUUCUGGUGUCUGAAGGGACCGGGGGGGAGAGUCCCGGCUGGAGUUGUUUGGGUUGUGGCGCUGUGUGUCUCAUCGAGGAUACUUCCAUCCACACCUGCUUCCUGCGCCUGUACUGUGUCAAGCGUGCGAUGUUACUGUGGGAGCAGGAGCUGUACAUCCCUUUCAAAUACACCGCACCUUGCAAGUUCUUCCACACAUUCCCUGCAGAUGGCAACCAGGUAGGCCUCAACUUUGCAAAUGAGCCAGAGGCAGAAGAAUUCCUUCUGUCCGUCGAGGCUGUCCAAAGAGACCAAGAAAAGAUGACCAUGAUGAGUGAAAAAACAAAUGUUGAAAACAAAAACAAAUCCACAAGUGAUCCGCAUAGUUCUGGUACAAUUAAGCCACUGGACCUUUUAGACAAGGAGCCACAUUUUCAGAUGGAGGAAACGUCCACGAUAUGUAAGGAUCUGGACCCGGCUAUGAGGAGGCUGUUGAUGCAGGCCAGCCUCACUGAGGAAGAUCUGAAAGAAAAAGACGUUGCCGAAGCUGUCGACUGCAUCAUCAAGCAAUUUGGAGGACUAAAGGCUGUGCAGAGAGAGCUGAAGAACAGAGGCCCAUCUCACACUUUGCCAAGAGCUGCAGGGGCCUCCAUCUCCCUCUCUCUGAAGAAAGGGCCUUUACCACCGGUUCCCUCCAAAGGCAGCAGCACCCCCCAGUCGGCACCACUGUGGACUGACUCACUACAUCAGAGUACAAUUCCCCUGCAGAUUCCUCCUCCUCCAUCUACUCCCGCUCCAGUUCUCCCAGAGAGGAUCCGAAAGAGCGCAAGUUUCAAACCUGUGGGCUCAUCAACAGCUACAGAAAAAGGUGACCUUAUUCUGAAUGCCAUGAGGGAAGUCUUCAGACAAAAGCAGAUGCAAAGGACAAGUGCAGAUCAGAGAAAUGUGGAGCCAGACACUAACGGCGACAAGACCUUUUGAAGAAACUCCUGUUUGAAUUGUGCUGUGAUACACUCAUUUAAAUUGUAUGUGAUAUGGUGAGAUGCUGACUCUUAUCUCUUAUUCUCUCACAAGGCCAUAGCUGAAUCAAGCUGUUAACACAAGUUACUGCUGCGCCCCCAUGUCACUGCAUUUUAAUCAGACGCUGUUGCCUCCAGGAAGCUUUUAUUCAUAAUCUAACUAGUACUCCUGCGCUGUAAUACUACCUGGUUGCAUGCUUUUAUUAUUGUGUAAGUUUGUUUCUGCAAAACUUUAAUUAUUCCAUUCACUUCAUUUCAAUUUCAUCCAUUUCCUUUA